GUGUACUAGUCGAGCCGGAGCUUUUGUUGUUGUUUUUCGGAGAUGCAGUAGACCCGAGUGGACCCAGUUGUACUGUAAAAUGGAGCGGUACGGGUCGGACACGGAGAGGGACGAUACACCGCUGCUUCAAAGGGCCGAGGAGGAAAAAGUCCAGAGAGGCCAGUGUGUAUAACUGGGACUCUGAGACCCAGGGCUGGAUCCUGGGCUCCUUCUUCUACGGAUACAUCCUCACACAGAUCCUCGGGGGAUACCUGGCCGGCCGCUGGGGCCCCAAGUGGCUGAUGGGAUUUGGGAUCCUGGGAACUGUAUUUUUUACACUUCUCACCCCUGUGGCUGCUGACCUGGGCGCAAAAUACCUCAUCGCUGUCAGGGUGCUGGAAGGGAUAGGAGAGGGAGUGACGUUCCCUGCCAUGUACACCAUGUGGGCGGCCUGGGCCCCCCCGCUGGAGAGGAGCCGCCUGCUCACUAUCUCCUACAUCGGAGCCCAGCUGGGGACCGUCGUAUCUCUUCCUCUGUCUGGACAGAUCUGCUUCUACCUGGACUGGACCUACGUUUUCUACAUAUUCGGUAAAACAUCUGGGGGUUUCGCUAGUGUAGGGUGGGAGGGGGGUGUUCCUUUGUUGCUGACUUUCCCUCCACCAGAAAUACAUUGUUUUAUUUCCAUAUUUUAAUUUUAUUUGUGAGCGAUUUAACACAUUUUCCUGAUUUCUAUUUGGGUUUUGAUGAGCUUCAACUUUUCUUAGUGUUUCGGUUUUUGCUUUGAUUUCCAAAUAUCAGCAACUUUUUGUCAUUGAUAAAUUCCUUACUAUUCUAUUUCCACGUGAUGCAUUAAGCCAGAACCCCAUUGUCUAGUAAGAUGAAAGUGACAUCAUGAAUAGGUCGGAUAAGAAACAUUAACAUCUCAGACGAUGUCUCAUCUUGUCUAAUUAGGAAAGUGUAAAUAAAAAAUGCUCUUCUGUAGUUGCUGCCGGUCUGGAUUAUGGAGUCUCUGGAGCAUUUCCCUGACGUCAAGCAGCCUCUCCAUUGAUUAGUCAGAGAUGUUUGUUUUCCUUUAACACUCAUCCUCUAAUCCUCACACGAGCUGUUUCCAGUGUCUGCUCCUUUGUUCCUCUUUGGCCGGUGGAAACGAUGAGUUCGCAAGUUUGAGAACAAAAUGUGCUCACGGAUGGAAAAAUAAGUCCUGUUUAAUUGACUGGCUUGCUUUCCUGGUGAACAAAUGCCACUGCCACUAGUUAACCCCACGUGUAAACCACAGGGCAGAUGUAAGCGUAGUUAUGUUACACAAGUAAAGAAGGGGUAAUGACUAGCUUUGUGUGUGUGUGUGUGUGUGUG